UUUACACUCACUUCCUGUCAAAUGUCAACACGUCUCAGUACCUGUCACAACCAUAUUUUAACAUAUUGUUAAAUACUAUUAGUGUUUAGAAACUAAGAUAUCAACAUGUCGAGCGUUGAAGAACUGCAGAAGAAGAUUCGACAGCUUGAAAAUGAGCUCGAAGCAGAAAAACAGAAAAAUCGACAAGUGAUCAGACAGAAAAUUUCUCAAAUGAGUUCAGAAGUCGUAGAUUCUAAUCCAUACAGUCGGCUGAUGGCCUUAAAAAGGAUGGGCAUAGUAGAUAAUUAUGAGAAAAUUCGAGACUUCGCAGUAGUGGUAGUAGGAGUGGGUGGUGUUGGCAGCGUCACUGCAGAGAUGUUGGCAAGAUGUGGCAUUGGAAAGCUGCUUCUUUUUGACUACGACAAGGUUGAGCUUGCAAACAUGAACCGACUAUUCUACCAGCCCCAUCAGUCAGGAAUGUGUAAAGUGGAGGCCGCGGAAAAGACUCUUAAGGAGAUAAAUCCUGACGUUGAGUUUGAGACGUACAACUACAACAUCACUACCAUGGAGAACUUCACCCACUUCAUGGACAGAAUCAAACAAGGUGGCCUUAAGGCUGGUCAGCCAGUAGACCUGGUGUUGAGCUGUGUUGACAACUUUGAGGCUCGCAUGGCCAUAAACACAGCAUGUAACGAGCUAGGCCAGAUAUGGAUUGAAUCAGGUGUCAGUGAGAAUGCAGUGUCUGGUCAUAUACAGUUUGUGAUUCCCGGAGAAACUGCUUGUUUUGGGUGUGCCCCUCCACUAGUCGUAGCCACAAAGACAGACGAAAAGACACUGAAGCGGGAAGGUGUAUGUGCUGCUAGUCUGCCUACAACCAUGGCAGUUGUUGCAGGCUUCCUCGUCCAAAACACUCUCAAAUAUCUGCUAGGUUUCGGUGAAGUGACCCACUAUCUAGGCUACAAUGCUCUACAGGACUUCUUCCCAACUAUGUCAAUGAAGCCAAAUGAAACAUGUGAUGAUAGACACUGCAUCAGACGACAGGCAGAAUAUAAGAAGAGAGAGGCAGCAAAGCCUAAGACAGAGAAGCUUGAAGUGAAGGAAGAAGAGGUGGUGCAUGAGGAUAACCCGUUUGAAAUAGAACUGGUCUCUGAAACUACCUGCGAGGAAUCAGAAGCUGCCGAAGGCUCUCAGAUACAGCUUGCCGAGGGGCUUAAAGUGGCCUACACCGUACCUGCACCUGAAAAUAAUUCUGGUUCUGGUGAUACGGUGGAGACUAGCGGACAAAGCCUGGAUGACCUCAUGGCACAGAUGAAGUCUUUGUGAUCGAUGCUAGAGAUUAUGAUCUAGCCUUUAUCAAGGAUAUUCAUUGCAUUUCAAUAAAUUAGCUCACACAUUGAUUUAAAUUUAAGUGCUUGUUACACUGAUUGCAUUGGUUAUUGCAGAAGUCAGCCUGAGGAGUCGGGAAGUGUUUAUUUCACAUUAUUUGGCCAUAAACUCCUCAUAAUCUAAACAGUGAUCAUUGGGCAACGCUGGUUGUCAUUCAACUGUUUAGUUGAUCCAUACUGGGAUUUUUUCAUCAAUAGAUAUUAGCACAUGGUUGCAUAAUCCAAUGGGCUACAAUAGACAGUCAACCUCUUACAAGUAACCUGGUGAAGUGAGGCUCCUAUUUGUGUCAUGUAAAUUGCUUGAUAUCUAUGUAUUUCUCAUUCGGUAUUAAUUGUGCAAAAUAAAACCUUAUUCUACAAUGAGUUUAAACCAUAGGUUGCAGUAUCAGUUAGGAGAUUAACUUUGUCUCUUUUUCCAGUAAAGGGAGUGAUUGAGCUGUUCAGGAAUAUUAACCAGCAUGUUCAAUUGUGCACCGGAGGUUUUGUGUGUAGAGUUAUGGCCCUCGACUUAGUUAAACAAUAGCAUAUAGAGCUGCAAUGUUGUUUCAUGUUUCUCAAAAAGUAUUUGAUCUACAGCAGUGAAAGUUUACAUGAAUGUUUAUCAGCAUGUGAACUUGAACUCCAGUUACAGCAGAGUUGUGGGCCUUGACUAAGUAUGAAUUAUUUUAAUAGGUGUCGUGUGUAUAUAUUCAAAGUUAUUUAAACUACAGCCAGAUUUUUACAUGAAGGUUUAUCAGCAUAUGGGAAAUGCAGUUUCAAUAACUGCAUGCAGUAGAGGAGUCCGGCCACAUGGUAUUCAGUUUAUACAAUAAUUCUGCAACAAAGGAAUAAUAGGUAGGAAUCAACAAUGUCGUUUAUCACCAUGUUAAAUUAGUUAUCAACAAAGUUCUACACAAUCGGCCAUGAAGUGGAACACAAUCAAAAACAAACUUAAAUUGUGUGUGAGUACAGAUCAUUUGAAGUAUGUUUGAACAUGUUUCUUUGUUGCUUUUUGCUGACAAAAUUGUAGAUAAUGUUUUGUCAAGGGAUAAUGGGAAUUUCUAAUUUAUUUUUUGCCGUCCCUGUUUGCUAGAUAUGUUACUUGCAGUUAUGCAAUAUUUCAACAAAAGAUACAUCUGUGAAACAACAUCCAUCAGACUGAUUAACAAUAUGUAUAACUUCAAUAAAUCUGUCUGACAAGGUCCCAAUCAGAUGCAUUUAACAUUUUCUUAUUACAAUUCUUCAUUUGUUUAAACAAUAUUUAAUGUGUAUAAGUUCAUGAAGCAAAGGCAUGAAUUUCAUGCAUACUAAGUAAGGGUUCUUAAUUGUUUGUAAGAACAUUGUAUUGAUAUAUAAGGUCUGUGGUAAAGCAACAACAGUAUAAAUCAGUGCAUUCCAAGUUGCAGAUUAUUGUAUUCUUUUAUUAAUUUAAAUAAUCAUUUAAACAUCAAAAGCUUUGUUGACCACUGUUUGUGCAGUCUGUCAUUCAUGUGUGUGUCACAUUGCACAAGUUUUGAGUCACAUGUGUGAGAACAGGAGGAAAGUGAAUUAUGCAUCAAAUGCUCAUAUAAGAAACUUUUAUAAAACAUAAAGUUACGAUUUUCAAAUAAAAAGUGAUAUUAACAUCAUUUCCUGGAGACCUAAAAUAAAAUCAAAUAAGUACUAUUUUUGAACAAUAACCUAAUAUGAGCAUUUUUGAUACUUGCAUUUCACCAAUAAUUUAGUGCUUUUAACUAUUUUGUAUAAAUUGUUGUAUUUAUUUAAUUUCAGAUAUAUUAUUUGUGAUAUAUACAGUAAAUAAACCUGGUGCAUGUUUCGUUUUGUUCGGGCGUUUUGAAUUUAAAUGCAAAUCAGUUCAUUUCAAAAAUAUCUAAAAUUAUGUAGAAAAAUAAAGUAUGUUAUUAUCUUGACAA